CAAAUAUGGCAGAAGAAUAAAACUUAUAGGAUGAUUCUAAAAAGAAUCUAGGUUAAAUGGGAGCAAAAGUAGUUCCUAGAGGUUCAAAAGAAAUAUCCAAUAUUCUGGGAGAUCGUAGGUCUUCCUAUAAUAUAGAAGGGUAUGAUCGAGUAGUUGUUGACGAGUAAUUAUAUUUAAUAAUUUGCAGAAUCACUGAUCAUAAAAAUGUUGGGAUUCCAUUGAUAGAUAAGAUUGUAAUUAUUUUAGUUGUCCUCUUUACUUUAUUGGUGUUCAUUAACUUCUCAUUUACAUGUAACUUACUUUUGUGAUCUUUUUUAUAGCUAAUGAUGCUAAAGAGGAUGCAGAUAUAGAAAAGACAUUAUUUAUAACUAAAAUAAUUGAGUUAGUUAUCCUCAUUUUUUUUAUUUUAGAAAUUUCAUUUCGAUGCAUCAGUGUAGGAUUUAUAGUAUAUGAAAUAUAAUAUAUAUUAGUCAUAUUUUUCAGAUUUUUGGGCUAUCUUCGAUGCUCUUAUUAUAAUUGCUUCAAUAAUUUUAAUUAUUCUCGAUUUCAAUUUAGAUGGAGAUGCAUUUACCACAAUAAGCAAAGUUCUAAGGGGAAUAUUUAGAUUUUUAAGAUUAUUUUUAGUGUUUCGCAAAGUAAAUUUCAUAAUAUUUUCUAACAGUUCAAUUAAGUCAAAAAAAUAAAUAAUGCAGGGGCAAGAUAUGUAGUACGAUCUCCAGUUGAAAAAGUGAUUGAAAUAAUGAGAGAUCUAGCAGAUUAAUUCGAAGAUCCAGAUAUUAUUAAAUAAUUAAAUUGGGGUAUAACUCAUAUAUCUAAUAAUACUGUUUAUGAACCUAUAAUAGAAGGAAAGAAAAGUGAAGCUUUAGGAUGGUUAUAUCAACCUUAACAAUAAUAAUAAUAAAUUUCUUAAGAAUAAAGACGUUCAAUAUCUUUUGAUGUUGUAUUUACAAAUGAAUCUCAUAUACCUGAAUAAUUAAGAGAAGAUUUUGAAUAAAACAUCUUAAACUUAGAUUACGAUUACUUUUCUCUAUUUUAGAAAUACGAUAGUUCUAUACUUACUCAUUUAAUGUGUUACUACUUCUAAAAGGAAUAGUUAUUUAGUUCUUUGAGAAUAUCUCCUGAUUCUUUUAAGAAAUGUGUAGAUCGCUUAGCAUAAAACUAUCACAAAGAGAAUUUAUAUCAUAAUGUUAUUCAUGCUUUUGAUGUUACACAUACAGUAUAUUUCUUUAUUCAAAAAUGUAACUUUAAAGAAAUAGGAAAAUUAUCAAAAUUAGAUUAUUCUAUUCUUCUAUUGUCUGCUGCAGCACAUGAUGUUGAUCAUCCAGGUUUAAAUAAUAUUUUUCUAUCUAAUACUAGACAUGAUUUGGCUAUGACAUAUAAUGAUAGAUCUCCACUUGAAUAACAUCAUUCAUCUACAUUAUUCAGAUAUAUUAGAGAAACAGAUGUUCUAAUGCAUUUUACUCUAUCUGAUUUUAAAUAUUUUAGAGAAAAAUCAAUAAAUAUGAUUCUUAGUACUGAUAAUGCAAUGCAUGGAAAAGGUAUUUCAUUACAUUAUAUUAGAUUAUAAUAAAUUAAAAGCAAGAUUAGCUUCUAACGAUUUUGAUCCUGGAUCUAAAGAUAAAGGAAUUUGCUUUGAUACAUUAUUACAUGCAGCAGAUAUUAGCAAUCCUUUUAAACCAAUGAAAAAUUAUGAAUAAUGGACCUUCAGAGUUCUUGGAGAAUUCUGGCUUCAAGGUGAUAAAGAGAAGGAAUUAGGCCUUCCUAUUACAAUGCUUUGUGAUAGAAGAACUACUAAUGUUGCCAAAAGUCAAAUUGGAUUCAUAGACUUUAUGGUAAGACACAUAAUUAUCUUAGGUUCUUCCUUAUUAUAACACUUUAUCAUAAAUACUUCCAUAAUUAUCAGAUUAUAUUGAAUAAAUCACAGAAAAUAAAAAAGCAUGGGCUGGACAAAUAGAUCAUUAUUAAACACUUUUAAAUACAUAAUGA